GCCAAGGCGGCGGGUCAAACAGCAGAGAGCUUUGAAGCACGGGGCAACCUAGAAGCCGCCCGGGUCUUGCGAGCGUAUGCAUCUGUGCUGGAGAAGUGCAAUGCAGUGGACUAUCACGACUUCAUCCUGCUCUCCACCAUGCUGCUCACGAAGCACAGUGAUGUGCUGCAAGAAUGUAUGGCAGCAUGGACGCACGUACUGGUGGACGAGUUUCAAGACACCUCCCGCAUCCAGUUCGCGUUCGUCAAGGCUCUCUGCGGCACACACGGGCGCAUCACCGUUGUGGGGGACGAUGACCAGUCCAUAUUCAGCUUCAACGGAGCCAAUGCAGCCUCCUUCGACAUGUUCCGAGAGCAGUUUCCGGACCACACUGAGGUGCGUCUGUGCCGCAACUAUCGCUCCACGGGCACCAUAGUGCGGGCCUCUGGUGCUGUCAUCUCGCAGAACUUUCCAGGAAGGAGGGCGGCCAAGGAGCUCUGCACUGACAACGGCGAUGGGGAGAAGAUCAGGGUGGUGGAGGUGCGGAACGAAGCAGCACAGUGUGCCCUGGUCGAAGAUGCCAUCAUGUCUUUCAUGCACCAAAUGCACCGCGUUCAGCCAUUAAUCUCUCCUCCCUUCCAGUCCACAUCGCAGGAUGGUGGAGUGCUGUAUCGGCGGCAGGUGACUGGCAGGGCGUUUCAGGCUGCGAUGAGGGAGAGGAAGAUCCCCUUCAACGUGCAUGGCGUGGCUUUCUACAGGAAGAAGGCCCUGCGCAAUGUGCUCGCUCUGCUGCGCCUCUCCCUCCCUGCACUAGUGGACAACACUGCCGCCCGGAGAGUCUGGAAGUUACUGUUCAGCCGAGAGAAGGACGAGGCGAAAAAGGCUGCAGAUCACGUGGAGCAGAGGGCCAGGGACAGAGGUUGCAGCUUCCUGGAAGCUGCGGAAACCAUUUUCUCAGGGAAAGUGUCAGGAAGGUUCACAAGGAAGCAGCUGAAAUCCGGUGCCGCUGUGCUCACCACCAUCCGCAUAGCUCGCAACCUCCUCAAAACGGAGGUGUCCCUGACGGCUUUCGUCGACUCUAUCAUCAAGCUCAUUCCUGAGAGAGCUGCAUUCUCGUCGCGUGCAACAGUGAGCGAAACUUCAGGGAAGCUUCUCAACGAGGACGAUGACAUGCGCACAGCCCGUCAAUUUCUUAUCGAUGAUAUCAGCACCUUCCUCUCCCUCCACUCGUCCAAACCACCUGAUACCGUCGCCAACGAUGAAACCACCUGCAGAAACACCUCUGCUGCCGACGCUGCCACCAGCUGCUUUCCCACCUCUGUCUUCUCCUCCUCCUCUCUCUUCUCCCCCUCCUCCUCCUCUUCCUCCUGUGCUGCUCUGCUGCGGGCCUUUCUGGACUAUGUAGCGGCGAGGGAGGCUCAGAACAAUGCUGUGAGGCGGAAGGAGAAUGAGGAUUCGGUCACCCUCACCACCAUGCACCAGUCCAAGGGCCUGGAGUGGCACACGGUGUUCAUUGUGAGCACUGAGCUCUUGCAGCGCCCAGACAUGUUUCCCUGUACCCCCCUUUCUCCUUCUCCUUCCCACUCGGCCCGCCCCCAGUCCAAGGGCCUGGAGUGGCACACAGUGUUCAUUGUGAGCGCCAACGAGGGGGAGACGCCCCUGCAGAACAGAUUCGAGGAGGAGAGGGGUGGGGGUGUUGAGAGGGGGAGUGCGGGGAGGGCGAGCGGGGAAGGGUCAGAGGAAGAACCGCUUUCGCUGGAGGAGGAGAGGCGGCUGCUCUAUGUGGCCAUGACACGUGCUCGCCACCGAUUGGUCAUUGUGACUCUCAGGCAGACACCUGAAAAGCAGGUUCUCCAGCCGUCUCGGUUCAUCCGGGAGAUCCCCUCAGAUCUGCUCCUCUGGCAAGGCAGUGCACCCAUCACAGCCCCAGUCGCCUCCCUUGCCUCUGCCCAACCUCGCACCCCUGCUGCGUCAUACCCUGAUGGAGGGAAUGAGCAGCGAGGGGCAUGGGUCGCAACUCGAAAUCUUGGUCCUGGGCUCCCCCACAGAGCACCGAGCGAGCAUAGCAGGAAUCUUCCACUCCUGGGCCCGCCGCCCUGCCUCUCAACACCACCUCCCUCUCUGUUUCCCUCCCCUAUUCUACAGCUACCUCUCAUUUCACUCAUCCCCACCCCACUCCUAGCUUCCCCACGGAUCACCGAGCGAGCAUAG